AUGCAUAAUCCAGCACCUACACGCAUUCGACUGCCUGCGUUCUGGCCCGACCAGGUUCAACUCUGGUUCGCCGCUUGUGAGGCCCAAUUUGCAGCCUACGGCAUUCAUAACCAGCAUGCCCGUUACAGCUGCGUAUUGGCCUUGUUAAAACCGGAGGACUGCAGUCUACUCAGCGAUCUCAUCCUCAAUCCAGACCUGACACUGCCAUAUGACCGCCUUAAGGCGGCUCUCAUUCAGCGUAGUCUCACAGCACAGUGGCGAAGUGCACGAAAAGAAACACCCUCGGCUAUUGUGCAUCGAAUUCGCCACGCCCUCUAUGAGAAGGCCGUGGAUGCGGAUGAGACGGCGUUGAAAGAGAUGAUCAUACCAUUCCUCCCGCCAGCAGUCCGCUCUGUACUGGAGCCGGUAAAAGAGGCCGCGUCAUUGGAUCAACUUGCCCAAAUGGCUGACCGGGUGAUGGCUAUGAAGAUGGAGGGCGAGGCCCUGGAAGCAGCUUUCGGAGAGAUGGUGUCGCAACAACAGCAACAGGUAUGGCGACAAAGACCCGGUAGGUUCAGAAGGCGUAGCACAAGUCGGAGGCCACGAACACCGUCACAACGUCAAUUCAUCUGCGAGUAUCAUAUGAGAUUUGGAGAACAAGCGAAGCACUGCCAUCCACCCUGCGACUAUAACUUAAGGGAGCAAAAAAUUCGCUCUUAA